UGCACCAUAACAAAUUGUGACAGACUUUUCUCUCACAUGGUGGCGACACCAUCCAUACACCAUGCGAAGGAUGGCGGAGGAGAUCCAACCUUCCAAAGAGCAGAGCUCCUGGAUAUUGCGUUGGCUUCCCUCUUGGUGCCCCACGUCUCCCUCUCAGCUGAAAGAUGCAGAAGAAAAAAUGCUCAAGAGUGUAAAGCAGCCUUUCUCCAGGCAGCACAUUCGGAUAUCCAAUGACAACUAUCUGUGGACCAUAGCUUUUUCCACUCAGUUGCAACCAAGCUCCCCCUCUGAGCCCCAGCUCCAGGCCCAACCUAAGCCUCCUCUGGUUCUGCUGCACGGCUUUGGUGGCGGAGUUGCCCUCUGGGCCCAAAACCUGGAUGUUCUCUCCAGCAGUGGACCGGUCUACGCUCUAGACCUGCUGGGAUUCGGCCGAAGCAGCCAUCCCCAGUUCAGCACCGACCCCGAGGGAGCUGAGGAGCAGUUUUUGGCAGCUCUGGAGGAGUGGAGGGAGAAGGUGGGACUGGAGGAAAUGGUGCUGCUGGGACACAACCUGGGAGGAUACCUGUCUGCUGCCUACACACUCAAAUACCCACACAGGGUAAAACAUCUGCUGCUGGUGGAGCCGUGGGGCUUCCCGGCUCGUCCCGAGAACCCCAACCACAGCUCCAUCCCUGUGUGGAUCAGAGCCAUGGGGGCCGUCAUGAGCCCCUUCAACCCUCUGGCUGGACUCAGACUGGCUGGGCCUCUAGGUCCAAUGCUGGUCCAGACAAUAAGGUCGGACUUCAAGCAGAAAUACUCCUCUGUGUUUGACGACAACACUGUAUCUGACUACAUCUACCACCUGAACGCCCAGACUCCAAGUGGAGAAACAGCUUUUAAGAACAUGACCAUUCCCUACGGUUGGGCCAGGAGGCCCAUGCUGGAGAGGAUCGGCCAGGUCCGAGCCGACAUUCCCAUUUCUUUCAUUUAUGGAUCCCGCUCCAGCAUUGACAGUGACUCUGGAUAUGCCUUUAAGAAAACCAGGCCAGAUGUGGAAAUCACAGUGAUAAGAGGGGCAGGCCACUACGUUUUCGCUGACCAACCAGAUGACUUCAACCAGACAAUCCUACAUAUCCUCGCCAGGACAGAGAAGAAAAGCCAAGAUGAGGACAUGAAUCAAUGAGAGCUCCCUCAUUUAGCCGACACACAGGAGGCACAGGGGUUAAGUAACCCAAACCCCGUUACACAACCGGGACAGUUUAACUGUAAGCCUCUUUAUCAUGCACUUUACUCUUAGGAGAGACCCAUCACUGACUGAUACUGACACUCAUCAUUCCACAGGCUGAUGCUUUCUAAGGCCUUGUGUAAAUAACUUUUGUAAAUAAAUGUGAGAUGCAGUCUA